GCGAGUGUCACUAGAAAGGAUUGGGCUUGGUUUUAACUGGAAAGUUGCUCCCAAACGAAUGUGAGUGACAAAAACUCAGGCCUUUUUGGAAAAGUCAACAAAGUUGUGCUGGAUGUAAUAAAAACAAUAAAGCUCUGUGGAAAAGAUGCUUUCAACGACUCAGAGUCUUCUUCUUACACAAAAGCAGCAUCGUCUAAUGGCUUCUGCUUCGCCUUCCUCCAAGCGUCAGUUCGAUGUGUUUGUGAGCUUCCGAGGCGCUGACACGCGUAACACCUUCACUUCUUACCUCCGUCAGUCCUUACACAGGAAAGGCAUCGAUACUUUCUUUGAUGAGAAACUCCGGCGAGGCCAGGAUCUCUCUGUUCUCUUUGAGAGAAUCGAGCAAUCGAAGAUGUCCAUCGUUGUCUUCUCGGAGAACUACGCCAACUCCACCUGGUGCUUGGAGGAAAUCUGGAAGAUAAUGCAGUGCAGGGAGAAAAGUGGUCAUGGUGUGAUACCCAUUUUUUACAAAGUCAAGAAAUUUGAUGUGGAGAAUCAGAAAGGGAGUUUUGAAGCUCCUUUCAAGAACCCUAAGGAGAGUCUCAAAGGAGAUGGGCAGAAAGUUGGGGCCUGGAAGGAAGCUCUGAGGGCUGCUUCCAAUAUACUAGGCUUUGUGCUUCCUGAAGAUAGGCCGGAGAGUGAAUUUGUUGAAAAGAUAGCCAAGGAAACUUUCAGGAUGCUGAAUGAUUUGUCUCCAUGUGAGAUCAGUGGUUUCCCGGGGAUUGAAUCACGUUCAAAGGAACUGGAGGAGUUACUGAUGUUUGGUAAUGAAAAUUGUGUCCGUGCCAUUGGGGUUCUCGGCAUGACUGGAAUCGGCAAGACAACUGUCGCUGACAGCGUGUAUAAACGAAACCACCGUCAGUUUGAUGGCUACUACUUCCUUGAAGACGUUGACAAGGAGCUGGAGUGGCAUACAUUAAGUCAUUUGCGUGAGAAACUCCUCUGUAAGUUAUUGGAUGAAGAAGAUUUGGAUGUCAGAGCGCUUGGGAGAUUGGAAGACUUUCUAAGGAACAAGAAGGUGUUUAUUGUGCUGGAUAAUGUGACCAAAGAAAACCAAAUCAAAGAUCUCAUCGGACCGCUGGAGCAGUACCGGAAAGGAAGUAGGAUUGUUAUAACAACCAGAGACAAGAAACUGCUGCAGAACAACACUGAUGCAACAUAUUUAGUUCCCAGGUUAAAUGACAGGGAAGCUGUGGAGCUUUUCAGCAUUGGUGCAUUUCCUGAAAACCUCUACCCCACGGAAGAAUUUCUUGAUCUAUCAAACAAAUUUGUUUAUUAUGCUAAAGGGCAUCCGUCAGCUUUGAAAAUAUUAGGCUCAGGACUAUGCCAUAAGGAAAAAAGAUACUGGAUGGAGAAGUGGGAGAGAUUAAGAGUAAUGCCAGACAAGGAGAUUCAGAAAGAGCUAAAAAGGAGCUAUGAAGAACUGGAUGAUGAACAGAGGAGCAUAUUCCUGGACAUAGCAUGUUUUUUCAAAUCUGAAAAAGCAGACUUCGUUUCGAGCAUUUUGAAAUCAGACCGUGUCAAUGCUGCAGCUGUGAUGAGAGAGCUUGAAGAGAAGUGCUUGGUGACCAUUUCGUAUAAUCGGCUUGAGAUGCAUGAUCUAAUGCAUGCAAUGGGGAAAGAAAUCGGAUGUGAAUCUUCCAUCAGAAGGGCAGGCAAACGCAGCAGAUUAUGGAACCACAAAGAUAUUCGUCAUGUGCUGGAGCAGAGAACGGGAACAGAAUGUGUUAGAGGCAUCUUCUUCAACAUGUCUAAUGUCGAAAAGAUCAAACUGAGCCCUGACGUAUUCAUGAGGAUGUCGAAGCUCAAAUUCCUGAAAUUCCACAAUUCUCACUGCUCUCAGUGGUGUGACAAUGACCAUAAGUUUCAGUUCUGCGAAGGGCUUGAUCACUUUCCAGAUGAGCUUGUGUACCUCCACUGGCAGGGCUAUCCUUACAGUUGCUUGCCAUCAGAGUUCAAUCCAGAAGAACUUGUCUAUCUUAAUAUGCGUUAUAGCCACAUCAAACAACUGUGGGAAACUGAAAAGAACGUAGAAAAUCUAAGAUGGGUCGACCUCAGUCAUUCAAAAGGCUUGCUGAACUUAUUAGGUUUGUCCAAGGCUAAAAAGCUUGAACGACUGGAUCUUGAAGGCUGUACGAGUUUGGCUGCGUUGGGCUCAUCAAUUGAACAGAUGAACAAACUUACUUACUUGAACCUAAGAGAGUGCACAAGCCUAGAGAGUCUUCCAGAGGGAAUCAACUUAAAAUCUCUAAAGACUCUGAUCCUCAGUGGCUGCUCAAACCUUAAAAAGUUUCAAAUCAUAUCAGAAAAUAUUGAAUCUCUUUAUUUGGAAGGCUCAGCAAUCGAACAAGUCGUUGAACACAUCGAGAGUCUUUGCAAUCUUAUCUUACUGAAUCUCAAGAACUGUCGCAGGUUGAAGUGUCUUCCCAACGAUCUUUACAAGCUGAAAUCUCUUCAAGAACUGAUCCUCUCUGGCUGUUCAGCGCUGGAGAGUCUUCCACCCAUCAACGAGGAAAUGGAAUGCUUAGAGAUUUUGCUUAUGGAUGGAACAUCCAUCAGACAGACACCUGAAAUGAUUUGCUUGAGUAACCUCAAGCUGUUUUCAUUUUGUGGAUCUAGCAUAAAAGAUUCCACAUGGUUGGUAUUGUUGCCUUUCUCAGGCAACUCUUGCUUAUGGGACCUCUAUCUCACGAAUUGCAAUAUCUACAAACUGCCGGAUAACUUUAGCUCCUUCCGCUCGUUGCGAUGUCUAUGCUUAAGCAGAAACAGUAUAGAGACUCUUCCUGAAAGCAUCGAGAAACUGUAUUCUCUGUUGUUACUUGACUUGAAACAUUGCCGCAAGCUCAAUUCUCUCCCGGUGCUUCCACCUAAUCUAAAGUAUGUAGAUGCCCAUGGGUGUGCUUCUCUGGAAAAAGUUGCCAAACCAGUGACGCUUCCCUUGGUAACUGAGAAGAUGCAUACUACUUUCAUAUUCACGGAUUGCUUCAAGCUCAGCCGAGCUGAACAGGAAAAUAUUGUAGAUCAGGCCCAACUCAAGAGCCAGCUACUAGCAACGACAUCUCUUCAACAUCAUCAUAAGGGACAAGUUACAGAUCCUCUGGUUGCCGUUUGCUUUCCAGGAAGUGAAAUACCUUCAUGGUUCUGUAAUCAGAGAAUGGGAUCUUCCUUAGAAACCGACCUGGUUUCACACUGGUGUAACAGUAAAUUUAUUGGAGUUUCCCUAAGUGUUGUUGUCAGCUUCGAGGAUCAUGAAAGUUAUUACGCCAACGGCUUAACUGUAAGAUGCAAGUGCAACUUCAAAAAUCAAGACGGUCACUCUAUCAGCUUUAGUUUCUGUCUUGGUGGAUGGAAAGAGUCUUGUGGAUCAUCUUGUCAUGAACCACGGAAACUAGGAUCUGACCAUGUUUUCAUUAGUUAUAACAGCUGCAAAGUGCCAGUCUUCCAAUGGAGUGAAGAGAGUAAUAGAUGUCGUCCCACCAGCGCCUCAUUUGAAUUCUACCUUACUGAUGACACUGAAAGGAAACUAGAAAGCUGCAAGGUGAUAAGGUGUGGGAUGAGUUUGCUAUAUGCUCCAGAUGAGAACGACCGUGGAUUCCAGGGAACACGGGUUACAGAUAUUGUUGAGCGUUGUUCAUCAAGUGAUGCUUUUGUGCCAGUGAAAGGUCUGUCUCACUCACAAGUUGGAGAAAGAAGGAAUGGUAGAAUUAGAGAUGAGAUCCCCUUAGUGGUGUUUACUCCAAAGCUGGAGUAAAAAGGAACCUGAAGACGCUGCAUUUGAGACUGUUCGGAUUUGUCAAAGGAGAGUUGUAUCUAUAAUUAUCUUGCUGAAGUUUGAUGAUAAGCUUAAUCUUGUUUCUCCCUUUGCAUGACAUGUAUGUUAAGUUGUUUGAGUUUGAUGGAACCACUGGUCCACAAGGUUCUAUAAUAAAGUGUUUGGAGGAGAUAUCUCCCCCCAGGAUUAUGCGUUAUGUAAUUGGAUAAAACAAAGUUUUUCUUGAUGUUAUAUAAGAUGAUUUGAUGUUGUUCAGGUGAAA